GUACUUGACAAUUUAUCAGCCGAUGUUAGAAUAUUGUUUCAACGUUGUUAUUUAGGUAAUAAUAGAAUAACUUUGAAGAGCUCGGUUUGUCAACGUCUGCUCAGCUCCGCGGCAUCACGUGCUCCGUGUUAUUGAUUUUAUGUAGCUAAGAGGUGCAACUACCCCUGAGAAUCAAGGAACAUUGUAUUGAUAUGAACUGAAAUUGAUGGGCCUUUUUUGGGAGAAUAAUAUUUCAGCGGUUAAGUGGUGAUAAUGUGUUUGCCCUUAGUGACCUGUCUCUCUAUGGUUUUCUCCUGAUAUAGAUGUCACCAGGGUUCUUCCAUGCCCUUGUUGACCCCUCUCACUCCGUGUGUCUGUCUGUUCCUCCUCCAGGGUGCGCGUCGUCUGGAGGUGGGGGAGCUCUACUUUGACGUGAGCCUGCUGCUGUGGUGUGGCGCACUGGUUUACUUCACAGCUAACGGCCUCUGCUCUGCCUACGUCCCCAUGCUCAUGGUGGCCUUCCCCCUGGCCACCAAGCUGCUCCUCGCCAGGGAGUUCAAACUCCGAGGUGCUUCGGUGAAGUACUCUGUGCUCUACCAGCUGGGUCUGGCUUUGCCCUACGUCCACUUCAUGUUCCUGAUCUGGUUGGUGUUUGAGGUCUUCACGCCCACCCUGGGGAGGAGCAACACAUACCCUGCUGAUGUGGUCCUGGCCACCAUCGUCACCCUCUCCAUACUCUUCUUCUCCUCCUUCUUUCUCCACUUUAUCUACCUGGCCAGGUCUACUAAGUGGCUGUUGGCAGGUCUGGGAACAGUGUUUACUGUGUUUCUGUUGCUUGUAUCCUGUGGUAUGUUCUUCCCCUACACAGCAGACCCCUCUGGUCCACGCCCCAAACGGGUCUUCAUCCAGCACACCACUCGUAUCGUCCAUGGUCUGGACGGCCAGGUGGAGAGUAGAGACUCAGGUCUGUGGAUCAACAGCUUUGACUACACUGGCAUGCAGCACAUCACGCCUAUCAUACCAGAGAUCAAUGAUACCAUCAUGACCAAUUGUCAGGAGGACAGGCCUUUCUGUGGCUACCCCUGGUUCCGAUCUGAUAAGAAUAACUGGUACCUCCCAGCCCCUGAGGUCUUUCCCAAGUCUCCUGUGGAGUUUCAGCUUCUUUCUAAAGAGGAGACAAAAUGGGGAACAGUUAAGAUGACUUUUGAAGUCAAAGGUCCCAGCCACAUGUCCCUCUACCUCAUGCCCCACCGAGGAGCCUCUCUGUCUAGCUGGUGGUUUGGGGACAGCACCCCCCAGUUAUACCUGGCUAGAGAGUAUUUCAUAUUCUACACCCAUGGCCUGGACGCCCCCGCCUGGAACUUCUGGUUCGAAAUACAGCCUCCCAGAGAGGAGGGCCCAGAGGGGAUGAUCUCAGUAGCCAUCUCAUCUCACUACUACUUUGGAGAGGACCAGAGGACUGUUCAGCUAGACGACAUGCUACAGAGGUUCCCCAAGUGGGCCUACCCCUCUUCCUGGGUCUCCACCUAUCACAUGUACCGAUACUGAGAUAAUGGGCCCGUUGUUGAGCCUGCUUCCCCUCCACUCCAACACACUGAAACAGACACAGAUGGCAGACACACGGACAUGCACGUCCCCGGUUCCCUGGCAUAUUCAAGAGAACCCCACCAUCACUUUGUCAAUAAGCUAGUUACUAACAGGAGAGCCACUUAAGCCAAGCAUCCUUUUUUAUACCGUAUAUAGUAACAGGUAGGACUAACUUCCUGACAAGGGCAUGGUCCGCCGGAGUUCUUCCUUUCUUUGUGGGGAUAGAGAUAAUUAGGGCAUUGUUUUUUUUUAACUCUCUCUGCCUAACUGUUUUGUAUCUAUUCUACCUCCUGCCAGCUCUGUCAACAAGCACGAGGUCAAAAGCAUCAUUCUCUAGCGUCACUAUCUAUAUUUUCAGGAAAGGCUACAGUGCCUUAGAUGGAUGGUUAUAUCUCUAACAUCUCUGGUUCUGACCUUUCCAGGGCCAAGCUUAAAGGGACAAUUCACUUAUUUUACAUUUCCCUAGGGUGUAUUUUGUUUCCUUCAAACAGUUUUUUAAAAAUAUAUAUUUAAAAAAAAAUAUGGGUUGAAGAAUGAAUGUUUCUGUGUGAAUUAAAUUGUCGUGUUUGGAUUGUUUAUAUUUUAUUGUACUGCAAGUGCUAUGGAUAAAUUUUUUACAGGGAAACUGCGGAUAGUUCAGAGGGAGCGGCACAAGGGUGCACUCCUAUCCUUUAAAUAUAGUUGAUUAGAUACAAAUCUGGCUGUCUUUUCCUUUAACUAGCAAAGUGCAAUGAAAUGUUAGUUCAAGUUUGGUGUGAGUUUUUGCAUGAAUUUGGUUUAAAGGACAGUGAAUUUGUUUGUACUUUGAGAACUUGCUACCAAGCUCGUGUGUAUCAGACACACUGUUUUUUUCUCAGAGAUUAUGCUGAACUGAAGACACGUGUUACUACUGUUGGGGUUCUGAGAAUAUGAAAUAUACUUAUUCAUGUCACUGAGGGAGAGAGGGUAAUGUAUAACUUUUACAUUAUAUCAGGGAUCCUAUUGAAAUAUUGAGUGCAGGGAAGCAAUCACGUGGCAGGCAUUGAUAAGGGGAGAGAGCCAUGGAUUAGUGAUGAAGUUUGAAGUUUAUGGCCAUUUUCACUUAGUGUACUGCCUAGCAGUAAAGAUACAAUGUUUGUACAGAUGUGUAGGAGGAGAUUCAGCCUAGGAGGAAGGGUUAAAUAUCAGUGCUUGUGUGAAAAUGUUUUUGUCUGAAUGCAGCUGUAUGGACCCUCUGGGAAGAAUAAACGUGGUUAAGCUUUUAUAGUGUCUGUUAGGUUAUAAUUCUCAGAAUAAAAAAACUCAACAGUUGGCGCUGCGAGCAGGGUUCACCACGAUUUGCAGUUGAACUAGAAUCAGUGAAACAGGAGCCGGUGUUGUGCUGAACAUCUCCCC